UAUUUUUUAAAAAUAUUUGAAUUAAGUCAAUAUCCAACACAAUGGGUUGACAAAGCAACUUCCAUUUUUACAAAAAAGUGUGAAAUCCCACGUGUAUACCUGUAGGAAGAACUUACAGUUGUUUGGUGUUCCAUUGCCAUGGCGUCGGAGGAUAAAGAUGAGAGCAAAGAGACGGCCACAGGCUUUAACCUUUCUACAUCGAGUGCUAAAUUCCAGGCCAAGACCGAUGAUAUAUUUGGCUGUCUUUCAGCUUUAGAAGAUAAACACAUCGCUCAUGAGAAAAACAGGAGCACGAGUGAUGAUGCGCAAUUCUGGAAAAACGAUCCACUGAUUGAUGAUUACAAGAUAAUAGAUACCCGUAAAGGUACCCAGAAACGCAGGGCGGAGUCCUGUAUUGAUGGAAGCAAAAGAGACACUCAAGAUUUCAAGAGACCCAGGCUUGGGCCUUGCCGACCCCGCAACAGACAACCCGAUCACACGGUGCACCCAGAAAGAUGGAAGGAAUACUCCCUGGAAGACGUCUCCACCGACGACAUGUCGGACAAGUCAAACACGCAGACGGCUUUUGCAUUCCUCGAAGAUCGAAGACGGUUACGAGAAGCAGAGUCCGAUCCAGAAUCCGUGCAACCGGCCAACAUUGAGGAAAGUGCUUGCUCGAAAGGUGUGGUAACGUUUACCAGGAAAAGCAAAGACAAAACAGAGCCUUCCGUCGAGGUGAAAACUCCGUCCGAGGUUGUGGCCAAGGUGCAGCAUUCUUUUGAAGAUGUUGACGAAAAUGAUGUGGUUGCUUCUGGAAUUUCUGUGAAUCCUGUUGCUGAAAGUGAAACCAAAACGGUUUCUUUUAAAAGUAGGAAAAGUAACAAACGGAGUAUUAGGUCCCGCAAUUUGAAUGAUGAUGAUAAUGCCGAUUGAAAUGCACUCUCAGCGAAAUUAAUAAUACAAAUAUAUUGAAGUAACCACCUGGGAUAUACAUGUAGGAAGUUGCUCAGUCUUGAUUUGAUUUAUAUAAGUUGGAGCAAUACCAUUAACUGUUAUGUCAAGCUUUUGAUAUGUUAGCAACCACGACUAGGAAAACUGAACAUUUUCAAGACAGUGACCAAAUUUUAUUGUGAAAAGAGGUCAAAUUCAUUUAUACUCUGUUCAUUUCCCCCAGUAAAGUGUCAUCCCAUAGGUCGAUACUAAAAGUCAUCAUGAUGAUAUAUAAUAUCUUGACUGUGGGAAAGUGCAUGUUAAACAUCCCUCGUUGCCUCUCUAAUGGCAGCAAAAACAGUCUUUUUAUUUUGCUGGGAAACCAUUAAACAAUUUCAGUUGCUGGUUUUCUUCUUAUGUUUAUUAGUACAUUAAAAAAAAGCAAAUUAAAGAAAUGAAAAUAUCCGACUGUUUAAACACGAGUAUUUUAUUAUCAGGCACAUUAGUGUUUUAUACCCGUAUUGCAUUAAAUUGUUUUGUAAAAUUAAAACCAUUAUGUAUAAUGAUUAAUAAAAAUACAAUGUACAGUCAUGAAGUUAGGCAGUAGGAAAUGGAGAGUCUUAUUGAAGGUAUCAAAUUAAUUUUGUUGUUUGUGUUAUGACAAAUAAAGAAACUUGUUUCAUUCUU